AUGCAAGACGACCAUAAUGCGAACGUGAAACAGGAGGACACGGGGCAGGACGCGAUCUUGGACUGCGAGGUAGAAUGUCGCAACUCUCAAGGCGUUCUUCGCCUCACGGCUCGCGUGGCUGAGAUUCUGGAAUUUGUCGUGGAGAGCGGACAAGACUUGUGGGGUUUCCUUGAGCAACUCAACGCCGUGCCCCAAGAGCAGUUGUCAGUUUGGGAACGCCACGCCGAGAAAAUGCGGCGGUUGAAAAUUCCAUCAUAUCGGUAUGGCCUCGUAGGCAAGACAGGCAGCGGCAAGUCCACACUCGCCAACUGUCUGCUCGAUGCGGAUAUUCUUCCGUCGUCAGCUGCUGGGUAA